GGAGGGAGCGGCGGGCCGUCCAGCCCCGAGCCCAGGCGAGCCAUGUGGGCUGGGCUGCUCCUGCGAGCCGCCGCCGCCGCCGCCUGCCUAGCGCUCCCCCUGCCCGCCGGCGUCUCCGCCCGAGGCUAUACGGGGGGCAGGAAGAAGCCCGUUCCCUUCGCGGCCGAGAGACGCCGCCUGGGACCCCAUGUUUGCCUCUCAGGGUUUGGAAGUGGAUGCUGCCCUGGCUGGGUGCCCUCAUUGGGCAGUGGACAGUGUACCCUCCCUCUGUGUUCCUUCGGUUGUGGCAGUGGCUACUGUAUUGCUCCUAACGUCUGCUCCUGCCGGGAUGGAGAGCAAGGCAUCACCUGCCCAGAAACCCCAGGACCAUGUGGUGAGUAUGGCUGUGACUUGGCCUGUAACCAUGGAGGCUGUCAAGAGGUAGCCCGAGUCUGCCCUGUGGGGUUCUCCAUGAUAGAAACAGCCAUUGGCAUCAAAUGUACAGACAUUGAUGAAUGUUUAAGCUCCUCCUGUGAGGGCCUCUGUGUGAACACGGAAGGAGGCUUUGUGUGUGAAUGUGGGCCAGGGAUGCAGCUUUCUGCUGACCGACACAGCUGCCAGGACACCGAUGAGUGCAUGGGGGUCCCUUGUCAGCAGGGCUGCCAGAACAGCAUUGGCAGCUACAGGUGCUCCUGCCGAACAGGCUUCUACCUCCAUGGUAACCGGCACUCCUGCGUAGAUGUGAACGAAUGUCGCCGACCCCCGGAGAGGCGUGUCUGUCAUCACUCCUGCCAGAAUACCGUGGGGAGCUUCCGCUGUGCCUGCCGGGCUGGCUUCCGCCUGAGUGCAGACAGGGCAUCCUGUGAGGCAUUUCCAAAGGCUGUGCUCGCCCCGUCAGGGAUCCUCCAAUCUCUCCAGCACCCCCCAAAGAUGCUCCUACUCUUUCCAGAGUCCGGCCUGCCCGCCCUGCCUCCUGGCCACGGCCCUCCAUCCCGAGCACCUGGCCCCCCACCAGUAAUCAAAACGACUCCUCUCCUGAUGCUGACCUCAGCACUGCCUCCCUCCUCCACCUCUGCUCGGUCCCUGACAUCCUCAGCUCCAGUGGCCACCCCGUCUCCCGGUUCCUCCUCCCACGGGAGAAUGGUGAAGCCGUCUACGCUGGCAGGUCUGCUGCCCCCUUCGCUCCUGCAUGGAGAGGCAACGAGGACCCCUUCCCCUCCCAGGGGCCCCUCGACCUCUCGGCCUUCACUGGCGCCUUCCCCUUGCUGGCACCAAGGAACCAUCCAUGAGCAUGGGAGCCGCUGGACCAAGCCUGGCUGCUCGCACUGUGGGUGCCAGGAUGGUAAGGUCACCUGUGAGAAAAUGAGGUGUAAAGCCAUCUGUUCUCACCCUCUGCCCUCCCAAGAUGGUGGGUGCUGUCCUGAUUGCUCAGGUUGUUUUUAUGAUGGUUUCUCCAGAGCUGAAGGGGAUGUGUUCUCCCCUUCCAAUGAGAACUGCACUGUCUGCGUCUGUCUCGCUGGGAACGUGUCGUGCAUCGCUCCCGAGUGUCCUCCAGGUCCUUGCCUGACCCCUCCACAAUCUGACUGCUGCCCCUGCAUUCCAGUGAGAUGCUAUUUUCAUGGCCGAUUCUACCCAGAGGGGGCCGAGUUCAGUGGGGAUGGGGACGAAUGUACCAGCUGCGUCUGCCAGAACGGGGAAGUUCAGUGUUCCUUCACGCCUUGCCCAGAGCUGGACUGUCCAAGAGAGGAGUGGCAGUUGGGGCCGGGCCAGUGCUGCUUCACCUGCCGAGAGCCAACACCAGUGUCAGGCUGCUCUCUGGAUGACAAUGGAAUUGAAUUUCCCAUUGGACAGAUCUGGUCCCCUGGUGAUCCCUGUGAGUUAUGCAUUUGCCAGGCAGAUGGUUCUGUAAGCUGUGAGAGGACAGACUGCGUGGAGACCUGUCCACAUCCUAUUCGGAUCCCAGGGCAGUGCUGCCCUGACUGUUCAGCAGGUUGUACCUACACAGGAAGAAUAUUCUAUAACAACGAGACCUUCCCUUCUGUGCUGGAUCCUUGUCUGAGCUGCAUCUGUCUGCUGGGUUCCGUGGCCUGUUCUCCCAUGGACUGCCUCAUUUCCUGUACCUACCCCUUCCACCCCGAGGGAGAAUGCUGCCCUGUCUGCCACGACUGUAACUAUGAGGGAAGGAAGGUGGGCAAUGGGCAGGUGUUCUUGCUGGAGAAUGAGCCCUGUACUCGCUGUGUCUGCCAGUUUGGAGAGGUGAGCUGUGAGAAGGUCACCUGCCAGCCAGCCUGUGCUGACCCUGGUCCAGCUUCAGGGGACUGCUGUGCCUCCUGCCAAGGGGUCUUGCUUCCUGUGGAAGGGACACCUGGGCUCUCUCCACCUAAAGCCGCCCGGAGCCCUGGAGAAGCUGCUGUGACCCUGCAAAACUGCAGCAUCUGCCCUGGAGCCCCCCAGGCUGAGGCAAGGAGUAAAAAACCUCAGUACCUCCAGGUUCUGUUGAGAAAGAACAUGUCUGCUGUGGAGACUUUGCCCAAGGAGCCCCUGGGGCCAGAGCCCUCUCACCUGCCUCAGCAACGGCCAAGGGCUUUUCUGGGUUCUUGUUCCUCACCAGGGGCCUUGUGCCCUGAUCACUUUAUACCGGGAGCCUCUCAUCUACCUCUUGCCUCCCCAGAGGUUCCUCCUCCUCUUCCUGCCAAGUCAUCGACUCCCCUCCCACCAUCUAGGGUUCCGGGAACCCUCCAUGCCCAUUCAGGAUCUGAGGGGCUUUCGCCAGCCAUCAUCAAAGUGACAAGAUCUUCUGGGCCUGUUGAGACCAAGCAGGACCCUUCAGAGUCCCCCACAGUCAGUUCAAUGCUUCCUGGAUCCUCUCCCAACAUUGCUAGACUCUCUUCCUCCUCUACAGUUUCUCCCAGCUCUUCUUGGCAGAAGCCUACAGAGAAUCCCUCCCAUGAAGGAGAGCAGAGUGUAUAAUGAGGUCUUGUUUGGAUAACUGUGCCAGGAAGGUCAUGGUGGGGAAUGGGGUGGAGGAGAGAGAAAGAGAGAGAGAGAGAGAGAGAGAGAGAUUGAUGGAUGGAUGGAUUGAUUGAUUCCUGGUCCAGGGAGCACUUGGGAUCACUUUUUGAGAUAUUCCUGGUGAAAGGGAUGGGGAAAGGCUUACCUCCCAUUGGACUUCCACCUGAUCCCAAUAGUACCAAGCCCAUUCUCAACAGGAAUGGAAAAUUGGAUGAAUCCCAGAUUCUGCCUUUCCCCCAGAGAACACAGAGCCCAGACAGAUAGUGGAAGGAAGCAGACCGUGGCCUUCCCCAUCUUGUCAGGUUAUCUUCCCAGCCUCCUCUUUGAUUUCCUGGGGAAGGUCAGGAAUUGGGGAAGAGUUGGAGAAUGUGUUGGAGCUGGACCAGGUAUGGAUCAGCUUCAAAGACUUCCCUGUGGUUGUGUAACACCCGGAGCCUCAUUCUCAGCCUGAGGUUUUCCAAUUAAAGGUUUUCUCGGUUACCCCAA